AUGGAAGGCGAGAACCCGGAUCCUGCGAAUAUUGUGAGCUACGCAAUUAAGACGUGGAAUGAGGCUAGUGGGGAGUCCGAGAAGACUAAGGAUGGGGGUACGAGCAGCAGCUUGCCCACGGUGUGGUCUCCUCCAGCCAGGGAUUUCUUGAAGGUCAAUGUUGAUGCAGGGUCAGUGCGAGAUAUGGGGUCUGGUCUGGGUGCGAUAAUUAGGGACAGCGAUGGUCAGGUGUGCGCUUGUGCUACCUGGCAGGGCCGUGAGUGUUGGGAGGUGGUCAUUGCUGAAGCAAAAGCGGUGGUCUUCGGUCUUAAGCUUGCUAAUGAGGUGGGUGCUCGAAGGUUGGUGGAGGAAAGUGACUGCUUGACAGUCAUUCAAUCCUUCCGUGAAGCUGCUAAAGGAACUAGUGCCUUUCAUAUGCUAUUAGAUGAUAUUUUAGAGCUUAGUUCUACUUUUGAUGAUGUGAUUUGGUCCUUUGUUAGGCGAGAAGGGAACAAAAUAGCACACGAAUUGGCUCACUUUCAACCGUUUGUGGUGUAUUCCCCGAUCGUAUUGUUGAACUUGCUUCAAUUCCAUUGCUUCUAUUAA